AUGUCGGAUGAUGAUGACUUUAUGCAGGACUCCGAUCAGGAGGAGUAUGACUUCGAGUACGAGGAUGAAGAUGACGAUGAUUCUGGCGAUAUCGGCAUCGAGAACAAAUAUUAUAAUGCGAAGCAAAUAAAGGUCGACAAUCCAGAGGAGGCGAUAGAAGAGUUUCUAGGGAUCCCCCCGCUGGAGCAAGAUAAAGGCGACUGGGGAUUCAAGGGACUAAAACAGGCCAUCAAACUGGAAUUUCGGCUCGGUCGAUACGACGACGCAAUUACCCAUUACAAAGAGCUCCUCACCUAUGUCAAGUCGGCCGUUACUCGAAACUACUCGGAGAAGUCGAUCAACAACAUGCUAGACUACAUUGAAAAGUCAUCCGAUGACGUAACGGCAUACCAUUGCAUGGAGGAGUUCUAUUCGUUGACACUUGAAUCGUUCCAGAAUACCAACAAUGAACGUCUCUGGCUGAAGACAAACAUAAAACUUGCAAAGCUUUGGUUGGAUAAGAAGGAAUAUGCACAACUUAGCAGGAAGCUUAAAGAGCUCCACAAGGCCUGCCAACGGUCAGACGGAACCGAUGAUCCAUCCAAGGGAACCUAUUCGCUGGAGAUAUACGCCCUGGAGAUCCAAAUGUAUGCCAAUACCAAGAAUAAUAAGAGGCUGAAGGCGCUAUACCAAAGGGCGCUUAAAGUUAGGUCUGCUGUUCCGCAUCCAAAAAUCAUGGGUAUUAUACGUGAGUGCGGCGGCAAAAUGCAUAUGAGCGAAGAGAAUUGGAAGGAAGCUCACAGCGACUUUUUUGAAUCGUUCCGCAACUACGACGAAGCCGGAUCGAUGCAACGCAUCCAAGUGUUGAAGUAUAUGGUUCUAGCCACAAUGCUGAUGAAGUCAGACAUCAACCCCUUCGACUCACAAGAGACGAAGCCAUACAAAGAUGAUCCUCGAGUUUCUGGCAUGACUGACCUUGUAGAUGCCUUCCAACGCGAUGACAUCCAUGCCUACGAGGCAGUCCUCCGGAACAAACCAGAUCUUUUGGAGGACCAUUUCAUCGCUGAAAACAUCGGUGAAGUCAGCCGUAACAUGCGCACCAAGGCCGUUAUGAAACUCAUACAGCCCUACACUCGCUUCACCCUUGCAUUUGUCUCCAAGAAGCUCAAGAUCUCGGUUGCAGAAGUCCAAGACAUCCUCAGUUUCCUGAUUCUCGAUGGAGAGCUCGCUGAUGCAAAAAUAAACGAAGAAGAUGGCAUUGUGGAAAUCACCCGAAGGUGCGAUAUCGACAAGGAGCGCUCCAACGCCCUGCUAUUAUGGAACAAUAAUCUUAGAAUGCUCUAUGAUUCCACCUUUAGCCAGGCCGAAGGAUUCAGGCCCGAAAAUGCCCACAACAUGCACCCCUUGAUGGGAGGUUUUGGUGGAAUGAGAUACGCCAAUCUUUAUUCCCAUGAAUCGGCAAUAUCGGGCACGAACUUUGGAAUGGGAGAUAGAUCAUUCAAGUAUCCUAAAGGGAAAACGGGUCGAUCUUCCUGGGGCAAGCUUACGUCUUAA